AUGGCGGGUCGAGACUACGAGCGAUCAAGAAUGGAGCAUUGUGUUGGGCUCUUCUUUGAUCCUCCACCACCUCCAAGAUCCGAUGAUGAACGCAUGAAGAGUAAGGUGGACAAGAAUCUUUGUAGAGACAUGCUUCGUGCGGUUGGUGAGAUACAUAACAAAUGGGGCGAAUUACCCAUCAAUUAUAUUGAAGCCCUAAAAAAAGUUCAUCGAUUUAAGAAAAACUCAAAGGCUCUGAAUGAGUUUCUUCAUCGAAAUCAUCCCAAAGCAGGUAAAAGGAAAUCCAAGGCCAUAGCUCAGCUGGACCUACACAAAGGGGCACCAUCGCCAGAGAAUAACAGUCAACAGAAACAAGGUCCACCCAAGGAGUCUUGGAGCCAGGUUGUGAAGGCAGGCAAAUGA